UGAUCAGUGGUUCAUUUAAGAGAAGACUACCCCUUGCGUUAUGACAUCGGGAAGUAUUGAAAUCUGACGUAUGAUAGAUGUUUUCGCGAUAUGAAAGUCAUAUUCCUAUUAACUUCCAGUGUAAUGAGAGCGGCUUUAUCGCAAAGCUAUGUCUUACCGGUCAAAUUUCUGCCUGCUUGAACGGAAAUAGCUCAGAUACACAAGAUAACAUUAAAAAAGACCCUGGUAAUCGAUAGAACAUCGCUCAGAGAUGCACAAACACAUUAUAACAUUCAAAAUGGGUGAAACUUUCCUUUAAAAUGGCAAAGUGGCAUUUGUGUUAUCGAUGUACUAGAAAAAAAUGUGCAUGGGUUAGGAGUCAAACGUUAAAACGUGCAAUCAUGCAUGAGAGAAUCCCAUUGUAAAGAACAAGAAAAAAGACUACCGAUAAAAUCUCCACCAUCGAAUAGUCUUUAAUCAUAAAUUAUCUUCAUGUUCCCCAGUUCUCUUCUCUGGGUCACAUUCAAAAUAGUCAAAUGUUGUGGAACGGUUGCAGAUAGAAAUGUCAUGAAUAGAUCUGACGUGAUUGCUUAUUUUACACAAAGAGCAGCAUGUUUGUUCCACAUCAUAUAUUCUUAUCUGAACACUCCACAAUGUUGUGUGCCGCUAAAUGCAGCUCAGGUUAAGCCAGUUCCAGUGUGCUUUUCUGAAUAGAUUUCUUUCCACACUUAGACCUGGAAGGAAAACUCCUUUACACUGUACGGUAAAUGCUGUUCUCCUUCAUUAUAGCAUCGUUAUAGCUUAUUUUAUGUAAUGUGGAAAUUCUUCCAUUUUCAUUCCCUUCACUCUUGUUUGUUUGCACUGAGACCAAAUGCUUGGAACUCCUGGACUAAGCAGGAGAACCGGUUGGUUGAGGACAAAAAAGAUGGUAUCAGCAUUGGACUGGUCUUUGGGGUGCGCAUGCCAUACAUCAGGUCAUGUGACAUCAGUUUCCCCCCAAAUGAAAAAACAUACACUGUAACUGUGAGCUUAAAUAAAUAUUUUUUUAAUUUUUUUAAACCUGUUGGUUGCUCUAUUCAAUUGACAGUAUUUCAGUGUUUAUAUAACUUACUAGUGGUAUACUUAAUACAUGACUAACAUUUAGUUGAGGAAUGUCAUUGUAAACAUAGUCAGUCAUGCUCAUUGCUUAGUCAAUUCAGAAUUGAAAUAUUGCUUUUUCAAUGUUUUUGGUCACAUCCACUUGAGGAGAGGAGUGAAAUUCUCAGUUCUGUAGCAACAAUUCCUGUACUUAUUCCUUGUGAAAGAAGCUUUACAUCUCUAACCAACUGUGUUUUCUAGAUUAGAUUAAAUGAGUGUAACUGUCACAAUUUUUAUCCUGGCAGACACGAUGUGAAGGACACCAAUUGGAAAUAGAUAGUGCACAUGCGCAACAACACCACUUCACAGCUACAUCAUUACCGUUAGUUUGGCGCUUGCCAAAAAUCUAAAAUGUUCUAUCCCAAAUAUGGACUAGGAAUGUAAAAGGUGACCUCAUUUGUCGGGGAAAUGGGGGGGUUGUAACAAGUGGUGUAUAUAAAACCUGGAUUGCGAAUUCUAUGUAUUUGCCAAUCAGAGGUUUUGAAGGCAACGGUCGGCCAUAUUGGCACUCCCUAGAAGAAGGAAUUCUCCAUUAUUUCAAUUAAAUGGACAAAAUAAAAUGUUUUUAAGUAAAAAAUUCUAAUAAUUGUAGUGGGGACAACAACAUAACUUUUUUUAGAGUAUACUAUAAGGAAAUUGUUUUUAUAUUUGUUCAUUUUUUAUUUAUAUGUUUAGCUCACAGAAUAUACUUUGAAAGUAUGCAUUAAGGUGUAUAUAAUAUAAUAAACGUGUCAAAAACAAAUGUUCACAUUAAUUAAUGCAUUUCUAUUGCUUCCUAAAUAUGUUUUACGCCGUUAGGGGAGUGCCAAGAUGGAGGCGUGGUGGCUUCAAAGCAUCGCCCUCUGGUUGUCAUCUAGUGUGUAUAUAUAACUCAUUGGUUGUAACCGCAGUAAUUUAACUACGCCUUCUCCAGUCUGUGGUACCAGUAGGCAUAAUACAGGAAGAGAGUCGUGGAGGAAAAGAAACGGGACGCCCUUUUUUUAUACUCGCAUAGUUAGUAGAUAACGGAAUCCAAAAAGUUAUUCGGGGCUAACGCAGACAAUAACCCUGUUACAGAGAUAAUAUAUCCAGCCAUACCAUGGACGUUUGACGACCUAGAUCCAAUAGAAUAAACCAUCCACUACAAGCUGAUGCUGAUCAUAUUAAUAUUUUCUCACAUCAAGAGGAAAAAAAGCUAAUUUCAGAAUUUACCAUGGAUGAUUUGGGAGAUCCUGACUCACCUAACUACCCUCUCAGUCCUCGUAUUGUUGUGUUUGACGCCCUCCUCGCUGACCUAGAGAGCACCAGCUCUCCCCUGGCCAGGUGCCCAGUCCUGCUUACCUCUGAUCCCCCGGCGGCAUCUGACCCCGCGCCUGCCAGCCCUCAGGACAACGCCCAGACCAGGCCACCGCCUCCAGCUUACACACCCCAGCAGACGGUGUCUGCUGCAAUGAAGUCCAAUGGUUCUCAGAACCCAAACCCAGACAAACAACUGUACAGCACAGUAAAUAAGCCUCGCUCCCCCCGCAUGGCGGACCCUCCCCCUCCGGCCUUCUCCUCCUCCUCUGUGUUAGGAGGGGGUCUCAGCGAACUGGACCACCUUCUGCAGGAGCUCAACGCCACCCAGUUCAACAUCACAGAUGAGAUUCUGGCCCAGUUUCCCACCACUAAAAAGGAUGAGAGGGACAAGAUAAAAGAGUUCCAGGGGUCCAAGGACAAGGUCACAACACCCUACCCCAGUUCGGUGAAGCCGUCAGCCACCUCAGCUACACUUGAGCUGGACAAACUCAUGGCCUCUCUGUCUGACUUCAGAGUCCAGAGCACAAACGCUACAGAGUUCAAAACUGCGGAGCCGCAGAGCCAUGCGGUCUAUUGUGACGUACGUCGCCCGCGACUUGAUAACAGCCAGUUACAUGAGCCAGCUCCAGCUGUCACACCAGUGAUCACAGUACCACAGCAUCCGGUCCCGCCCCCACAAGCCUCUUCCGGCGGCUCAUUGGACAGCAUGCUGGGGCUCCUCCAAUCGGAUUUAACCAGGCAGGGAGUCCCCACAUCCUCCAAGGGUAGCUGCUCGGCCUGUCAGAAACCGGUUGUAGGACAGGUGGUGACUGCUCUGGGGCGGGUAUGGCACCCGGAACACUUUGUGUGCUCAGAGUGUGAGACAGAACUGGGCAGCCGGAACUUCUUCGAAAAGGACGGUCAGCCGUACUGCGAGUCGGACUACUUUACCCUCUACUCUCCCCACUGCGCACACUGCAACAAGCCCAUACUCAAUAAAAUGGUCACCGCCCUGGACAAGAAUUGGCACCCGGAGUGUUUCUGUUGCGUCAAGUGCAGCCGGGCAUUCGGAGAGGAAGGUUUCCAUGACCGCGAGGGUCAGCAGUACUGCCAGCAGUGCUUCUUGUCCCUCUUCGCCUCCCGUUGCCAAGGAUGCACCCAGCCAAUCCUGGAGAACUACAUCUCUGCCCUCAACUCCCUGUGGCACCCGCAGUGCUUUGUGUGCAGGGAGUGCUACUGCCCCUUCGUCAACGGCAGCUUCUUUGAGCACGAGGGCCAGCCGCUGUGCGAGGCCCACUACCACCAGUCGCGCGGCAGCAUGUGCCAGGCGUGCCAACAGCCCAUCCUGGGCCGCUGCGUCACCGCCAUGGGUGCCAAAUUCCACCCGCACCACCUGGUGUGCCACUUCUGCCUCAAGCCCCUCAGCAAGGGCUGUUUCAAAGAGCAGGAGAACAAGCCCUACUGCCACCCCUGCUUCAUCAAACUCUUCGGCUGAGCACUGAGAAGGACACUGCCCAUCCUAUGUUUUCUUCUUCCAUAACUCCCAUACCAGGUGUAUGUCAUGUUCAUUAGGGCACAUAACAAUUUAAAAUGUUUUGCAACAGAAAACGUAAAUGAGCAUUUCUUAUUGGACAAGUCCAAGUCCGUCCCUGUUUCAAUGCGUUUGGUGCCUAAUGAAUACGACCCAGCUCUUUUCUAGUUGCGAAGUUGAACAAAUAUCUGUCAGCCAUUUUGUUUUGUCGCAGAGAAUGAGAGAGAGAUCAGAGCUGGACUCUUUCUGGGUUAUAAGACAACAUUGGUGACUAGAAAGAGAAAGGGAGAGAGAGAAAAGUCUAAGACAAUCCAAUUCUCUAUUAGACUGGUACCAUGCAGGCAAAACUGGUUGAAAUUAUGUCAUAAUGAACAUUUCAACUACUUUUGUCCGCAGGGUACACAGAGGCCAACAAAAAUAUUUGAGUGAGAAGGGAGCAUAGUUCUCCAAGACACAUAGAUGACCAAUGCAGAAGCCAUAGCUAAACUUUUGAGGAAGUUUUCCAAAUAGAAAAUAAUAGAAAGUUGUUAUCACAUGGUGUAUGUAAAUCCAUGACCUAUCAAAUGGAAUAUUGACCACUGAAUUAUUAGAAAUUUACAUUUUUGAUGGUCUCGAAUGGAACCUUUUUAUGAACAUUUUGAUGAAGGAUUUUUAAUAAAAACCCAUUUAAUAUAUAUGCUUUACAUUGCAAAGUAUAAUUAUCACUGCUAUUGCAUUUCUAUAUUGAUAUAUUGUCUAUUUUAAAUUUGAGGCUACCAUGUAUCACAGUUGUAGUGCCAAAGAUUUUACAAUGUUUUUUCACCAUUGUGCUAUGCAAUUAUGUAUAAAGAAUACCAAAGAGUAAAAUAAACACAAUUUUGUUCUGCCCUGA